AUGCUGUCUGCGUCAGUGACGACCACUCCUCGGCCGCGACCGCCAGGUCGGGUACGGAGAAUUUCUACCCACGUCAAAACUUCCCCACCUCCUCCGUACGCCGCCACAUCACUUCUCGACGAUCCAAACUCUUCGGACCUGAAACGAGCGUCUUUUAACGAUGCAUCUGCAAUCGCUGCAUGGGACGACAUCCCUAACCAUCCUCAAGUUUGGAAUGGGAGGUCCCGCGAGGAGCUUUCUGAGUUACUCUUGAAAGCUGAUGAGCUCAUUAAAGACCGAGAAAAUGAACUCAGUGUUACCACAGCCGCUUGUAAAUCAUUGUACGAAAAUAAUUUAGAGCUACGAAACAAGCACAAGGCACUUCUCGCCCGCUUUCCCACUUCUUCAGCGUCUGUCUCUCCAUCUGGAUCCUCGGCAUCCUCUCCAGCUACUCCCGGAACGCCUCUUCCACACUCCCCCCAUUAUUAUACCAAUAUUUCUUCCUCCCACUCGAGCUCCAGUGCGUCUCGCUCCCGCCGGUCGCAGAGACGUGUCUCUGUCUCCCCUGCAGACCUUGCGCUACUUUCCGAUCAGAACGCUGAGCUCCUUGUCAAGCUAGAAAAGCUCGAAUUUGAAUCUGCUCAGACUGAUCAAGCGGGACGGCGAAAAUUGCGCGGUUUGGAAAAAGAGAUUCAAGGGCUCCGAGAGGAGCUUGAUAAAACUCGUGCCAGGAGUGACGAGCUCGAGAAAAAGGCAAAACUUGUUAGUCUCAGCCUCGAGUCUGAGGAAGCGUCAAAGAGGCGACAUGAGAGAGAGGAGCGAGUCCGUGCCAUACGGGGUAGGAGUGGGAAUGAUACAAGUGACGGAGAAGUACGGGACUUUGCGCCAGGGGGGGCUCUUGCAUCUCAAGGGCUUUCUGAGCGAUCAAGAAAGAUGUCUUUAUACGACGGUUUCUCUCGAUCAUUCCCCCAGUUCCAGUUUCCUCCUGCUCAGACGCCAGUCCCGGCAACGCCCGAAUAUGCACUCGUGUCCCAGCUCCUUCAAAAGAUCCACGAGCUUGAGCAGAUUAAUUCACAAAUAACGUUGCAGCAAGCGAAAACGACAGCAUCGCUGCAAUCGGUUCAAAGAGAUGCUGCGAGUAUCCAGCUCCUCUAUGAGAGCCUUAGCGAUGUUGGUGCCAUUGCCUGGCUGGCUGAGGAUGACAACAUCGAGAAUUUUGGUGUCGGUGAGGAAAAUGAAUACAUCGAGGAAGACGAGACGAUUCGUUUUGCCAGUCUUCGUCAAUCUAUGCUCGCGGAUGCCUCGGUUGAUUUUGAUAGCGGCAUCGAACCAGACAGACAGAGUAGUAUGCGGCACGCAAUACUUCCAGAACUCUUCCCUCUCCCUGCACAUCAUCGCGCACGUCGAUCUGUUGUUGGAUUGUUUGAUCCCCCGACUGUAUCUGAUGUCAGUAAUCCACCGUCUAUACAAUCACUGGUUAUUCCCGGUCUACCGGCCGUUCCUUUUGUUCCUCAGCCCAGCACGGAAUCUGCGACACCCGAAGAAUUAGACUUGUCAUCACCUCUGACUGCUGCAUUGCCUACCACAGAAUUCACAGGCCGCCAGACUCUAGAUAAUGAGCUAGGGCUUGCAUGGGACAACUGUCAUGGGAAUGACCACUUCCGCACACCGAGUUUAAUCGAUCUUACAUCGCUUUCUCCUUUGUCCGCUGACAACGCCGUCGGCGUUCCGGAUUCCGGCACUCCUUCCACGAAAGACAUGCUUUCCUUUCCCCCAUCUUCUAGUUAUAUCUCAGCUCCUUCCUCAUCUUCUACCCCGUUUGUGGAACAAGUUAGCCUGCAAGCAGGCACAUGGCAAGGUGUUCAUGAUUCCGAGUCUGUGACGUAUAGUCCACCCAACGUGCACGUGGACACACUUGCAGACAGGAAGCGUCGCAAGUCGCACACUAUUCGCAUGCGCACAAACCACUGGACUGAAGGUCGUUUCGAAGCGACACUUCUUUCUGCCCCGCGGAGGGAGAGCUCUGUUGAUCUCGUCCGUCCUUCCACUCCAGUUCCUCAAAGACUCGUAAACGAGUUUGUGGAUAGCAUAAGCCGUCAUCGGACUUAUACCCUUUCCCGCGGUCUCACAGACGAUGGAUCGAGAACAACUUCUGCAUCGCCAGUCUCCCUUCGCCAAGGAAAGAAGCCCCAGCAGCGACGGUUCGUGUCGUUCAUCUUGGAGCUGUGGUUGUGGCUUCAGUUUGUUAUCGUCGUGGUCGUCUUUCUAUGGGCGAUGGCGAAGCGCGGACCGAAGAGCGUGUUGGAUGAAGCCCAGAGAAGGAAGAUUCAGUGA